CAGCUGUUGAAGGCUUCAACUUGAAGCAGAACAUUUUAACAAAUUUUCAUAGUUGGUCGGCAAAUAUAUUGCAGUUCUUAUAAACCAAGGGCCAUAAUGGAGGCCGAACAGCCCGGCACCAGCAGCGGCAGCAGCGUGAGCGUCAACAUAGACAAUGAUCUGGCCGAUGAGGAUUUUUUAUUGAAUGAUGAGGCUGCUGAAAUCGCACGCCUGCAGCUGCCCGAAGAGAAUCAGCAGCCGCAGGAGAAGCUUGAUCCGCAGGAGGAGGACGAGCGCAUUGCCAAGAUUGACUUUCGCUGCUCUGCCUGCGACAUGCACGAACUCGUGCACUACUUUGGACGCCAGCCGCCCUUUGCGCUGGGCAUCAAAUACCGCGAGGACACGUUUGUGAUGCGCGAUCCCUUCCAGCCGCCCCCGUCUCGCUGGCAGUCGAAGCCCGAGUUCUACGUUGCCAUGGGCGCCAAUUGCAGCAGCUGCUCGAAGGUGGUGUGCAAGGAUGCUGCUUGUAGCUUCUACUACACAAGGACCGUUUGUCUGCCCUGUGGCAAGGCCGAGCUCAAGGAUUGGCCCGUGGAGGCCCAGGCACGUUUGCGGAAACAAAUUGCCGCUCUUGACGGCGACAAGGACAAGUAGACGGUCUCUGGGGAUCUGAAAAUUUGCAUUUAUUGAGGCUCAGACUGAUCUGUGGCCUAAAGGUUAGCAUUUGUGACGUGCGGGGUGUUAAUAGCGUCUAAUAUUUGUGCUACAAAUUUUAAUGUGUGAUUACUAAAUAAACAAAAAGUGGAAUAGACAUUGUAUAGCCUAAAAGUUAAGCACUACGUUCACUUAUUAGCAAGGAUUUCGAAUUUCAUGCCGUGCUCGUGCUUCUCCAGUUCGCUGAUAAGGCUCGUCUUGGAGAAGGCGGCAGCCGGGGCCAGGACACCGCCGUUGUUGGGCAUCUUGUCGCUCUCUCGCAGGAUGGUUAGAGCGGUCGAUAGUAGGGCCACACAUGUGGCUCCGUAGCCAGGAUUCAUGCCGGAGACGCGCACCAUCAGUGUUUUGGUGGGUGGCUCGGUGUGCUGGUCCGUGGUCUCGGCCAGACGUUCGGCCUGGGCCCAGCCUGUUGCCUUAAAAGUCAUCUUGAAGAAGGUGCGCUCCAUCGAGUCCUCGGUGGGACCGGCGCGAGAGGCCAGGCCUCCCGAGAAGAUGCCCGGAUACUUGAGCAGCAAAGUGCGGCCGAUUUGGAACUUGGACAUCAAUCCAAAGAUGCUGGCAAACAGGACAACGGCGGCCGCAGCUAUCCAGGAGGGGAAUCCGACGUAGGCGUGCAUCUGUACUGGGCGCUUCUUGUCCUGGUCGUAGAGAAAACGCUGCGAACGCAUCACCACCGACCGAUCGGAGCCGGGGAAGGGCAGACAGAUCUUGUCUACCUCUGUGGAGCGGAAGAUCAACGGACGAUGCUUCAGCAGCGGAUAAAACUUGGGCAAGCGCUGCGGGAACAGUUUCUGGCGUAUACCACGCAGCUCGUCAGAGUGGGCCAGCCCAUAGACGGCGCUCUCCCAGGUGCCAUAAUUGAGGCCAGCACGAGUGCCGGAAGUGCCGCCCUCCUUGACGCCACUCUCCAGAAACGUUUCCACCGAAUUGACCACGCCGUCGAAGUUCUUCUCCACAAAAACGACGCCCAUGUCGGCGGGUAUCGAGUCAAAGCCGCAGGCACUGACCACAUACACACCACGUUCCUUUGCGCGCUGAUCGUACUUCAGCUGCAUCGUUUCCAUGUACUGCGGCUCCCCGCUGACAUCCACGUGAUGCGUGCCCGCCUCGAUGCAGGCGAUGACUACCUUCUCGCCAUGGAAGCGAUAGGGGCCCGCCGUGUUAACGACAAUGCGACACCGCUUGGCCAUUUCCAGCAGAGAUGCCUCGUCGCUGAUAUCCGCUAUGAAGAUGGGCGUCUGCGACAGAUCCUUCUUGGCCUUGGCCCCCAUUUGCUUCAGCACGGACUCCAGCUUUUCCCGGUUUCGUCCGGCAAUACCCCAUCGCAGGCCGUUCAGCACGGUGACCGCCUCGAAAACCGUGUACUUUCCGGUGAAGCCGCUGGCCCCGAAAAUUAUGACAUCCAAUCGAUCCGCUGCCAUUUCACAAGCUCUGACGUUUAGCAAAUAUGCUUUCUACUGGAACAGAACUGCUCGUUAUCAGAUUGUCGUCGCUGCCUGCUGCUGCUGCUGUCUGGUCUGCGAUUAAACAUAUUUGGCAUUAUAUUAUAAACUAUAUAAAUUUUACCGCUCACUAACUUUUACCACUGCCUAUUGAUUCUAUCACUCUGGAUGAGCUAAUUGAUGUAUUUAUAGUAUAUCUGGUGUGUAUAUAUCCAUCUGAAUCGGUCAAGGGUCGGGCUAUAGUGAUUAAAAGCGGCAAAUCGAAGUCCAAGUGUUUUCCAAUCGCCAAUCGUUCAUGAGCGAAAGCAUGAGAACGAACCAGUGCAUUAUUGAAUGGCUUUAAA